ACUUGAAUUUCGAACGCGCAGGCGACUGGUUCGUUGCUUUGUUGGUUCAGAUCCUUAGGAUAUCCGAAUAAAAGAGUGAACUAUAAGGUGUACAAAUCUAUUGCCUAGUUGCUUGGUAACAAUACUUUUAUCUGAGCACACAGUUUCUGACUAAAUCAACGGAUUAAAGCAAUUUGUUAUCUUGUGCUCACAAUUAUUGUUGUGCAAAAAUUGUUGCUAAAGUACAGCGCAGACUAUAAAAACAUUUAGACUCUUCUUCAAAGAUAUAGUGCGUGCGAACUCUCUUGCUGUAGUAAGCGAUUAAAUAAUUUAUAUAAAAGCUGUAUUUUGGCGCCCAAUUUUGCCCACUCACGCUCGCUGAAAGUGCACCAAAAUGCAGCCCUUGAAGCGUUUCACACAGUGUGGCAGCCUAACUAUGCUCUUUGGAGUCUUCAUCAUACUCUUUGGGGUGAGCUCCACGGCCUUAACUACAUUCGGCAAGACCAAUAAUCAACCGCCGCCCACGCAAGGUCCCAUAAUCAAAGGUCGCGAGUGCAGCACCCACGAUGACUGCUCAACAACAGAACGCACCAGUUGUGUAAAGGAUCCGAAUGACUACAAGAUGCGCUGCCUGUGUGGAGAUGAUUCGCCGCCCUCGAAUGGACUCUGUCCAGAUGUGCUCAAAGGUCUGCGACAUAGAUGCAACAGCAAUCACGAGUGUGAAGAUGGGAUGGUUUGUCAAUUCGAGAACAAUAAUCGCACCAUUGGAGUUUCCAAGUUCAUGUCCAGUAAAACCAAACUGUGUCUUUGUGAUAAUGAUAAUGGCUAUGUGGAGGACAUUUUGCAUGACAUUUGCAGUGGUGCUAAUCAUCAAUAUCUGGUUAACCUUUUGGUAUCCAUCGUCUCUUUGCUGACACCGUUCUUUUUCUCGGCUCAUAUGAGCAUGAGAAAGCAUUUCUAGAAGGCUUCUUAAACCACGGCUAACCAAUCCCAAUCUAAUAUUUACGGUAAUGUCUUUAGGUGAUCCAUCGAAUGUGCCUCAAUAAAUCAACAACCAUAGUUCGAAACUUUAAA